GCCGUCCAAACCGACGCAUCUUCCAGGCCUGUCCCUCCUCCUCCUCCUCCUCCUCCUCCCCCCCCAUCUCUCUUUCUCUCUGUCGGUCUCUCUCUUUCUCCUCCUUUCCUGUCUGACACCAGUCCACCUGAAGGGGAAGUGCACCAAAACCCGCUAAGGAAAUCCGACGCGUCCGCCGGGGUCCGUCCGCCCGUCCGCGACAUGCUGCGGUAAAAAAAAAAAAAAAAAAAGGGCCGCCAUCAGGGGAUGUAGAGACGGGGACCGAGGCACCGCGCCGCGCCGUGUCCGCUCUGCCCAGCCCGCUGCAUCGCUGAGCGGCCUGCGAGCCUCACAAGAUGUCGACCAGAACGCCAUUGCCCACAGUGAACGAGCGUGACACCGAGAAUCACUCGUCGGUGGAUGGCUUUGUCGAGCCCCCAGCUCCCCCAACAAAGUCUGCGAGUCGUCACAGCCUGCCACGAUGUCGCAACUCUUUCACCUCCACAGACGAGCAGCCUCAUAUCGGCAACUACCGCCUCCUUAAGACCAUUGGAAAGGGGAACUUUGCCAAAGUGAAGCUAGCGAGGCACAUCCUGACUGGAAGAGAGGUAGCGGUGAAGAUUAUAGACAAAACCCAGCUGAAUCCGACCAGUCUACAGAAGCUUUUCAGGGAAGUUAGAAUAAUGAAGCUACUGAAUCAUCCUAAUAUAGUAAAAUUGUUUGAGGUGAUCGAAACUGAUAAGACACUUUAUUUGGUGAUGGAGUAUGCCAGUGGAGGAGAAGUAUUUGACUACCUUGUGGCUCACGGCAGGAUGAAGGAGAAGGAGGCCAGGGCCAAGUUCAGGCAGAUCGUGUCUGCAGUGCAGUACUGCCAUCAGAGGAGGAUAGUUCACAGAGAUUUAAAGGCUGAGAACUUGUUGCUGGACGCAGACAUGAACAUCAAGAUAGCCGACUUUGGCUUCAGCAACGAGUUCACCGUGGGCAGUAAACUGGACACGUUCUGUGGCUCCCCGCCGUACGCAGCUCCUGAACUCUUUCAGGGUAAAAAGUACGACGGUCCUGAGGUGGACGUGUGGAGUCUUGGCGUUAUCCUCUACACACUGGUCAGCGGGUCGUUGCCUUUUGACGGACAGAACCUAAAGGAACUUCGGGAGCGGGUUCUGCGGGGAAAGUACCGCAUUCCUUUUUACAUGUCCACAGACUGUGAAAACCUGCUGAAGAAGCUUCUGGUGCUCAACCCCGUCAAACGAGGCAGUUUAGAGCAAAUCAUGAAAGACCACUGGAUGAAUGUGGGUCACGACGACGAGGAGCUCAAACCCUACAUCGAACCCGAGUCUGAUUUCAACGACUCGUCCAGAAUAGAGCUCAUGGUGACCAUGGGUUUCCCUAAAGAAGAGAUCACCGACUCGCUACAAAACCAGAAGUACGAUGACGUCAUGGCCACGUACCUGCUGCUAGGCCGGAAAGCUCCAGAGUUCGAGGGCAGCGAGCCUCUGACCAACAGCGUCCUGGGCCAGCGUCAGCGGCCGACCAGCGACAUCAACAACAGCUCCAGCAUUUCCCCUGCCCAUCCCAAGGUCACACGCAGCAUCUCGGCCAAUCAGAAGCAGCGCCGCUACAGUGAUCAUGGUGGGGAUGAUGAUGGUGGUGGUGGUGGUGGUGUCGUAGAGAAGCCAAUGGGUCCGUCGGUGCCACCAGCAGUGUCGUACUCGAAGCGCAACCAGGCCCUGAGCGUGGAAAGUGACCACAGAGAGGAGUGGGACGGGGCGCGCCGGCUCGAGCUCAGCACCUCCAAAGGAGACGUCCCUGCUUCGCCGCUGGGAGUGCAGGAGAGGAAGAAAGCCUCAAGUGCUGUGGGGACCAAUGGCUCAAUGACUCGCAGGAACACGUACGUGUGCGAACGAUCCUCCACCGACCGCUAUUCGGCGAUUCCAAACGGCAAAGACAGCAGUUUAACGGAGGUGUCAGGAAGCACGCCCUCCACCGCGCUGAGCGCCACACGACCUCGUCACACGAAGUCCAUGUCGGCGUCGGGGCAUCCUUCAAAAAGCACACUGCCCCCCAUUGAUGACAACACGGAGCUGAAAGCUAGCUCCUCGCCACGCGAUCCGUCCACCUCCCCAUCUGUGCACAGUAUUAGCACCCCCGAGAAGAACCGUUUCCCCCGCGGCACAACAAGCCGCAGCACCUUUCACGGAGCUCAGCUCAGAGACCGCCGCAGCGCCACCUACAACGGCCCCCCGGCCUCGCCCACGCUGUCCCACGACACGGGGGCGCUGGCGCAGCAACGCAGGGGCACGUCCACGGGAAUCAUCAGCAAGAUCACCUCAAAGUUUGUUCGCAGAACUAUGUCUUUCAGGUCAACCCGGAGGGUGCCUAGUGAGGGCGAGGCCAGCGCCAGGACUGAAACGCCAAGGAGUGCGUCAGGCGACACCAAGGAGGACGCCGGUCGGGACUCCAAGCCCCGCUCACUGCGUUUCACCUGGAGCAUGAAGACCACCUCCUCCAUGGACCCCGCCGACAUGAUGCGAGAGAUCCGCAAGGUCCUGGACGCCAACAGCUGCGACUACGAGCAGCGCGAGCGCUUCCUGCUGUUCUGCGUCCAUGGCGACGCGCGGCAGGACAAUCUGGUCCAGUGGGAGAUGGAGGUGUGCAAGCUGCCCCGCCUUUCGCUCAACGGCGUGCGCUUCAAGAGGAUAUCGGGCACGUCCAUCGCCUUUAAGAACAUCGCCUGCAAGAUUGCCAACGAGCUCAAACUGUGACGGCAGAUGGAACACCGCCCGGGCCUUUGGGUGAGCUCUGGUUAGGCUCUAGCCCCAUCACUGGAUUAGUGUUGACUCACACAGGACAAAAAUCAGCACGGAAUUGCCGCCGCCACUACCCCACCGCGCAGAAUCAAGGUGGAUCCGGCUGGUUAGCGUGCAGCACUGGCCCGCGAAUGUACUGUACAGGGUAGGGAGACUCACUAAGAUAGCAAAAACCAACUAACCCCUAGCCUUUUUUCCCCCUCUCUCUCUCUCUCUUUCUCUCUCUCUCUCGCUCUCUCUCUCCUCGGCGCCGUUUCCCCCGUCAGCCUGCUGCUCCAUGUCGAAGGACGCAGUCAUGUAACACAUGCAGUAUGCAACCGAAGAUGACCAUCCGGCAAUAAGUUUUCAGUCCGUUUUUUCUAAAUACUUUCUGAGAUCUGCUGUCCUCGCUGAAUAACCAUUGAAAUUACUGUAAGCUAACGUAACCGCUUUCCAACCUAUGUUAAGGCAGUAUAUAGAUCAGGCUGGAGCUCAUACUAAAAUUAUGUAAAAAGAGAAUUGUACUGUAUGCAUAACAUCUGCAGGUACUGUACUGUAUAUUGAUUUUUAGUUCUGUACAGAAUUUUAUUGUUAAUAUUUUUUUUUUUUUCAUGGGAUUGAGUUCUUUCCUUCUACGGUUCAUGCCUCUUAGAGCAUUCCUCUUUGUCUGAAAUUGUUUUUAUCCUUUUUUUUUUCCUUGUUUUGUAAGAACCACCAUUUGAAAAAGUGUUUUUUUUCCCCCCAGUUUUAUUUAAAGAGGACUAAAUUAUUUUGUGGAUAAUGAAGGGAUGCGACGUUCCCUUGCCUUUUUAUGUUAUGUUUGCCUAUGGAGAAAGAAAAAAAAAAAACAAAACAAAAAAGAACUAACACUAAGUUGCACCACACAGACUUGAGUUGGAAGUUCAGUUCAGGCUGAAGACGUGUUCACUUUAUUUUUCUCCCUGCAGGGGGAGCCCUGCUGCGGUUGCACAAGUAUUCCAGGGUGAUGUGUAUGAACAUGAGAGUGCACACCGGUUGUUUCUUUCACGUUGGUUGGGUAGUCUCCAGCUACGAAGACGCGUGGUUUAAACUGGUUUGCUUUAGGACGCGUCAGACGUCUCCAUCCAAAAGGAUCGGCGACGCUCGAGGAGCCCCAUGACUGAAACUUUGCUGCGGAGCCUUUCUAAAGAGCCAGAUUUAUACUCACUGCAAAAAGUGUGAUUGUGCAGGUACUUGUGUAUCUCUCAACAUUUCUUUUUUUUUUUUUUUCUUUUUAAAUUCAGUUGUAUUUAUUCCAUUACGUUGUAAUGUGCUGCUUUGUAGAUUUGAGGCGUGCACUUUGUCGGAGAAGAUUAAAAGAAUUUUAUUUGUUUGUAUUUA